CAUUGUCUAUCUUUCACACAGUAAUUCUGGUAAAUUACCAUGAAUUUACCAGAAUGAAUUUACCAGUAAAUACAAAAAUGUGCUGUUCACACAUGCAGUGACAUUCCGUCUUUUUACCAGUAAGACAUCAUUCACACAUCAGUAUCAAAAUACCGGUAAAUUCGGAGAGAAAGCGGAAGUUACCUGUGGCGCGCGGCCGGCGAGCUCCGUCCGUGUCGUAUUUGUAAACGGCGGGUUAUGACUUAAUAUCCACGGUCCGUAUUUUGUUGUUUUCACAUCUGUGGCAAACGGUCGCGAAGUUGCUCGUGACCAAACAACAUUGCGUUAGGCGGCGUCAAACGGAACCUGCGCGUUUGCACAUAGGCUUCACAGAUGGUGUGCUAAGGACGUCGGCAAUUUGGCAAUUAGAUGGUAAGCUGUUUUAAACAACUUUGGUGAAGAAAUGUGGAUGUUAACUUCAGGUGUGCUCGACUUUUAAGCAACAUGUGUGUGGAAACGUCCGUAAACAGUCUGGGGGAAACCGCGUCACCUGUAUAAAAAACUUUCUGAUUGGCCCGCCCGAUCUGUCAGCGCGGUCUGACGUCAUCUAAAUGCCGAAUUUCAUCUAGCUGGAGCUAUAAUGUCUUCCCAUGUCAAGCUGUGGAGAGACAGAGUGGGGACAGCAGACUAUGACACCCAGAUCAAAGAAGUGCGACUGCAGCUGGCAGAGCAGCUGAGGAUACUUGACAGUCACGUGGAGCAGAAGGGUCAGAUCUUCCAGGACCUGGCUGAUUAUUUGCGGAGGCGAGGUGAGAUCGAAGGAGAGUAUGCACGCUCGCUCGACAAACUUUCUGAGAGAUUCUCCUCUAGAACCAGGAAGAAGGAGCCCAGUCAUCAGUCAGUAGUUAACUGCUGGCAGGUGUUAUUAACACAAACACGACAAGAAAGCAAAGAUCACAGCAUGCUGAGUGACAGCUACAGCUACACACUGCCUCAGCAGCUUUCACACUGCAUUGAGAAUGCCCAACGCCUGGCCAAACGAAGCAGGGACAUUUGCACUCAGCUGCAGGAUGGACUUUUGAAGGUCACCACAGAACUUCAGACAGCCUUGAAGACAUAUUACCAAUAUUACACAGAGUUUCUGUCAGCAGAAGGCAAACUGAAGGAGGCCACCAAACUAGAAGAGAAACAAAAGCAAAGUGCUUCAAAAAAGAUGGAAAGACUAAUAGAAAAAAGGCAAUUUAAGGUUGACGAAAUUCAGCUAAAGUGCACAAAGGCACGCAACGACUAUCUUCUCAACCUGUCUGCAGCUAAUGCGUGCCUGAACAAAUACUACCUUAAAGAUCUCUCCACUCUCAUAGACUGCUCUGAUCUGGGUUACCAUCAGUCUAUAUCAAAGGUGUUACAGUUUUACUUGGCUCGUCGCCAGCUGGUCCAGCAGAACUUGUGCUCGGGGUGGCAGCAGUUGAAUGCGGCUGUCUCAGAACUAAGUCAGAACCAGGACAGAGACGCUCUUAUGCAGGCCAACAUCUCAGCAUUUUGCAUGCCGCUUCGCUUUCAGUACCAACCUUAUGAGGGUGACCAGGUGUGUGAAGUGUCUGCCACCCAUGACACCAUGAGUGAUUUAGUGACUCGCUUUCAGCAGCUACAGUCCAGGCUAUCUUCUGUCACUACUGAGGUUGAAGAGUCCAACAAGAUACUCCAGUCAGCUCAGUCUUCAGUGAUCGGUGGUAUUGUUGAGGACACCUUUGGAUCUGUCCUUGACGUACCCGACAGCCCGUUACAUGAGGGGAGCGGUGAUAUAUUAGCCAGCAAAUCUCAGCAGAUAAAAAGAAGGGCCAGCCUACCAGAUACUGAAAAUGUGUACUUUAUGAAAGUUAAGGACUAUUUAUGUAACAGCUCUUUAAUAUCAAAGCUGGAGGCCAAACAUGACCUUCUUAAAGAUGCUAUUCAGCGAGCUGAAAGUCUUGAUGUUAAUCAGUCCAGAAUACAAUCCAAAAGAUCGGUGCGACAAAGAAAAAGUCAACUCAGUACUCAGAUCGGUCAGAAGCUCUUCAAUGGGGAUCUGCUAUCAUACAUCCAAGCAUCAGGACAGCCAAUUCCUGCAAUCGUGGAGAAUUGUGUUAGAUUCAUUAACAUCAAUGGUUUACAUCAUGAGGGGUUAUUUAGAGUUCCAGGCUCUCAGAUGGUGGUGAAUCAGCUGAAGGAUGCAUUUGAGAUAGGAGAUGAUCCUCUCGCUGAAGGGAUGUGUGAUAUGGACUCUGUGGCGGGAGUGUUGAAACUUUAUUUUAGAGGACUAGAGAAACCCCUCUUUCCUGAGGACAGCUACGAUCAGCUGAUGGAAUGUGGACAAAUAGAUGACGAGACCAAAAAAGCAUUGCAGCUGAAGAGUAUCAUCUCCACCUAUCCACCACCGCUAACCAUAGUCAUGAGAUAUCUGUUUGCAUUUCUUCACCAUGUAUCCCAGUACAGCGACGAGAACAUGAUGCAGCCCUAUAACCUGGCGGUUUGCUUUGGCCCCAGUCUUGUGAGGGGCCCAGACAUCGGAGAUGCGGCUGAACUCCAGCGUAUCAACUUCCUGGUCAAGAGUAUCAUCAUCCAACAUGAGAGCAUCUUCCCCAGCCAGAGUGAAUUGCCUGGGCCAGUCUAUGAGAAGUGCAUGACAUUAGAAGAAGAGGAUUGUGAAGUUGUGGCAGAGGAAGGAGACGGAGAAGCUCAGGACCAGCCUCAAAUUAAAGAAGCAAAAGAUGAAGUACUGGGAGUGGCCAUGUAUGACUACACAGGCCGUUCCUCGUCUGAGCUGUCUUUUAAACAAGGGGACCGCCUUAUUCUGCAUAGCCAGGCCUCUUCCGAGUGGUGGAGAGGGGAAGUGAAUGGGACAAAGGGUCUAAUUCCAAAUAAGUAUAUUAGUGUGCCAAGUAUGGAUUCAGUACAAGAUCAGAAAGUAAAAGAUGCUGUGAAAUCCAGCACUGGUAGAGACCAGACAGAAGAACAACCUAAAUCAGAGCAAACCAUACGGCCCAAAGUUUGUAAUGACAAAUCCGGGGUUGGUGUCAGCAAUGUCGCUUCUGGAAAGAUUUCAUUACAGAUACCCACAGGACAAUAUAUGCGGCCCGGACAUUCUCCAGGAGCUCUGCGGAAAACUUUAGACCCUCAAAUGAGACGAAGCACAGCAGAGGGAGGAACCAAAGUGGAAACUACAAUAGAAGUGGAUAAGGGCGUGUGCAUAAUGAUGAACUCAGUAUUUCAAGAGCUCAUUUCCCGACAAUCAUCAUAGGACUUAAGCAUUAUGUUCAUCUGCAAAGAUCAACUCGUCCUUCAGGUGAACUGGUGAAAAGAUGUGAAAAAACUUUCUACUAUAAGUAUGGACUGUUUGAAAAAAAAAAUUUUCUGUUCAUUAGUCAGAUUGU